CACAUUGCAUGCGUUUUUGUGCGCAAAACAAAGCCUCGCUAUACGCUUCUAUUUUCGCAUCCAAACGGCAGCGAUAUCUCGGAUCAUCUCAUUGGACUUCCGAAUUUACAUGAUGCUGCAAGCGGCUAUGGCAUAAGUGAUGGAACUCCCAGCGAAAAGAACCUUUACUCGGACAUUUGUGCUGUCUACAAAGUUAGCAUCAGUUCCAAUUUUCUCAGACCUUGUUCCCUUUUAAAGCAAGACUUGCCGCUAUUUUACAGUGCACAACCUCAGCCGUAUACUCACUUUCGGGAAAAUGCUGAGAGAACAAAGGGAAGAAUGAGGAACGGUGGGCCACAGUUCUGA